UCUUCGCUAGUAAGCAAAGGGGUGGAGGAGAGGUUGGCUGUUCUUGGAGCAGGCUGAAGGCGCAAAGCGCAGCAACGCGGAGGGCCCCUGGCCGCCCGUUAACCGGGCAGAGGCGCUCGCUUGGCGGAGAGCGACGACGACGAUGACGAUGACAAUGCUGCCUGGGGAGGCCGAUCGGUUGCCGCUAAGCCAGCGCAGGCCCGGGAUGGAGCCGCGGCAGCUGCUGUAGGAGCCGCUAGGAGGAAGCGGAGGAGGAGGAAGCAGGAGCGAGCGAACAAACGAGCGAAACUGCCAGAAACCCCCCGGUAGGGGUGGAGACGGAUCGCAUAACCCAGCCUGCUACGCAUCCAUUGGUAAGAAACAGAAUGGCUGCCAAGGAGAAGUUGGAAGCAAUGUUAAACGUGGCCUUGCGGGUCCCUAGCAUCAUGCUGUUGGAUGUCUUGUACAGAUGGGAUGUCAGUUCCUUCUUCCAGCAGAUCCAAAGAAGUAGCCUCAACAACAAUCCCCUCUUCCAAUACAAGUACUUGGCUCUUAAUAUGCAUUAUGUGGGUUAUAUCUUAAGUGUUGUGCUCCUAACCUUACCCAGACAACACCUGGUUCAACUCUACCUGUAUUUUCUAACUGCACUGUUGCUGUACACUGGUCAUCAGAUUUCCAGGGAUUAUGUAAGGAGUGAUCUGGAGUCUGGCUAUGAAGGACCAAUGUACUUAGAACCUCUUUCCAUGAAUCGUUUUAUGACAGCCUUAAUAGGUCAGCUUAUGGUAUGCACCCUUUGCUCCUGUGUCAUGAAAACCAAACAGAUCUGGCUCUUUUCUGCUCACAUGCUCCCUCUGCUGGCACGGCUUUGCCUGGUCCCUCUGGAAACUAUUGUUAUCAUCAACAGAUUUGCCAUGAUUUUCACCGGCUUGGAAGUUCUCUAUUUUUUGGCAUCCAAUCUUCUGGUACCAUACAAUCUGGCCAAGUCUGCAUAUAGAGAACUUGUCCAGGUGGUUGAAGUGUAUGGCCUCCUGGCCCUGGGAAUGUCCCUGUGGAAUCAGCUCGUGGUCCCUGUUCUCUUCAUGGUCUUCUGGCUUGUACUGUUUGCUCUUCAGAUCUACUCUUACUUCAGCACACGGGAUCAACCUGCCUCUAGGGAGAGGCUUCUCUUUCUCUUUCUAAUAAGUAUUGCAGAAUGCUGCAGCACUCCCUAUUCUCUUCUGGGUUUGGUGUUUACAGUCUCCUUUGUUGCACUUGGAGUUCUAACCCUCUGCAAGUUUUACCUGCAAGGCUACCGAGCAUUCAUGAAUGACCCAGCUAUGAACAGAGGAAUGACGGAAGGAGUCACCCUUUUGAUCCUGGCCGUACAGACUGGCUUGAUUGAACUGCAAGUUGUCCAUCGCGCCUUCCUGCUUAGUAUUAUUCUCUUCAUUGUGGUUGCCUCCAUCCUGCAGUCCAUGCUUGAGAUUGCGGAUCCCAUUGUCUUAGCUCUGGGAGCUUCAAGAGACAAGAGCCUUUGGAAGCAUUUUCGUGCUGUGAGCCUGUGCUUGUUCUUGCUGGUCUUUCCAGCUUAUAUGGCCUACAUGAUCUGUCAGUUUUUCCACAUGGACUUCUGGUUGCUGAUCAUCAUUUCUAGCAGCAUUCUCACUUCCCUUCAGGUACUUGGAACACUCUUCAUUUAUGUCUUGUUUAUGGUUGAGGAGUUCAGGAAAGAGCCAGUAGAAAACAUGGAUGAUGUCAUUUACUAUGUGAACGGCACCUAUCGAUUGCUAGAGUUCCUAGUGGCUCUCUGUGUCGUAGCCUAUGGUGUAUCAGAGACUAUCUUUGGAGAGUGGACUGUCAUGGGCUCAAUGAUCAUCUUCAUUCAUUCCUAUUACAAUGUGUGGCUUCGUGCUCAGUUGGGAUGGAAAAGCUUUCUUCUCCGCAGGGACGCUGUGAAUAAGAUCAAAUCACUGCCCACUGCUACCAAAGACCAAUUGGAACAACACAAUGAUAUCUGUGCCAUCUGCUAUCAGGACAUGAAAUCUGCUAUCAUCACACCUUGUGGCCAUUUCUUUCAUGCGGGCUGCCUUAAGAAAUGGCUUUAUGUGCAGGAAACCUGCCCCCUGUGCCACUGCCAACUUAAAAAUCCCACUCAGCCCCCAGGGCUAGGAUUAGAGCCCAUGCCACAACCAAAUCCUGGAGCAGAGCAAAAUACUGUACAGCCAGAAGCCACUGAACCUCCUGGUGUUGAACACCAGGAAAGGGCAGGAGGCGAACCUAUUGACAAUGGACAAGCUGUCAAAGGAUUAGGCACGCUGCAAGACUGUCUUGAUGCCAAGGAUGGCUCUGUCAACCUGGCUGAUGUGUCAUCAAAUGAGGCCAGCCAAGGGGACACUGCCACAGAAGGACCAGCUGAAGAGCAGGAAGACGUAACGCGAGGUCUAAGGAGCUGCAUCCAAAACUGAACUAGCUGAGGCUGGUGGAAGAAUAAGCACUCCAGGGCCCCUGACUUGACGACAGAAUCUUAAACCCUCUAUUUGUCUCAAACAAGUUUAACUCUCAGAAUGCUGGCCAAAAUGUAUUUAUAAUAUCCUAUGCUGAUUUUCUGUGAGCUGUGUGGUUUACAGGGCUGCCAGUGCAUCCCACUGGAAACUACCUUAGAAGCUGCCACCAUGUCGCGAAAGGGCAGAAACUGGAAAUCAAAACUGAGUAUUGUUGGAAGGGAAAGUUGGGAAAAAAAAUGUGAGGAUGUCGGGAGUGGGUGGGACGAGAGACAGAGAUAGACGUGAAAAUAAAAGACAGUGUUGAUGAAGUGGAAAAGGGAGAAUUAAAGGGCAGAAGAGGUUAUAUUCGUAUCUUUGGCCUUGUCUUUCUGCAACAAACAGAGCUCAGUUGAGAACAGUGACAAAAAUCUUGUAGAGCUCGGAAGUAACAAUAAAUAAAUCAAGGAUUGUAUUGGGAGAGGGCAGCCCUCAAGUAUGUUGGGUGUGGUGGUGCUUUGGGCAUGUCGGGGAUAGAGCAUUUGCAUUCAUGUAAUCUAUAGCAACUCUUGAAUUUUUAUGAUGGAGUCUUAAACACUUUAAUGUUUUAGAAACCCCUUUUUUGUUAAUGAACAUUCUGAACAGCAUGGGCUGUGUGAAGUCAAUUAAAGCUCUGGUGAACGUUCUCUCUUAACUCCACCACAGUGUGUGCAAGAGAAGCGGGAGGAGCUUUUGUAUGCUGAUUGAAGCCUUUCAGUGCUGUUGAGUUCUGUGUAGUAUAUAAUUUCUUGCAGAUGAAUUGAAGCAGUAUUAAUCUCUUGGCAAUAUUUGCACCUUUGGGAAUGAGUACAUAAAUUGUAUGAUCAAAUGCCGCAAAUGCCACUCCUAAAGCUGUUAAUAGGAUUUGCACCUUUUUCUCCCCCUUCUUUGACAACAAUGUGUGUGUAUUUAAAUUUUUACAUUCAUCAUGGCUUUUAGAUAGAACUAGGGAUGUGGGAGGGAUGGGAGCUGGCCAUUUUUUAUGUGAAUUUUGAUAUGAAAAGGGACUAGUCAUUUAUACACUAGGCUUGGCUCAAAAGGGUUUUUUUGUUUCAGUUUUUCUCAAGAGUUGUUGUUCCUAGUGUGAAAUGUGACAUUACUUUAUUUUUUAGUAGUGAAUUUGGAUAUAGACUGGCAGACAUAGCUGAAUGUCUCAAUAAACUACAUUUGAAGAUUUUUUACAUUUUGAUUGUCUUGUUCUUUCAUAGGAGAGGUUUUCUUGUCAAAAUGUGCCAGGUGGAGAAACAUGGCACAGUCAGAGACUCAGAGCUAAGAUGUUUUUUACGCCUUUUUUAUUAUUAUUCCGUAACAGGCAAAAAACCUUGCGGUUUAAGGAUGUACCUAUAGCCCACAGAUAUUUCUAUCAAAUUUUAAAAAGCAGGGAAAUUGGGCAGCUAGUGAAUGCACAUGGGGAGCAGGAGACCUGACCUCUUCUCUGAGAUAUUGGACUGCCCUACAAAUUUGUCAAAAUGCAAACACCAUUUGGGUUGGUCUUUCACAGUCCAAACUACUUGCUGUGGAGCUUGGAAGAAUUUGGUAACAUGUGCCUCUGAGCAUAUGGUGAGUGGUGGCAACACCUGCCAUCUCCAAAGAUGGAGAAUUACAUUUUUGUAUGUUUGUUGGUGUUAUUACUUUGCUUCUUUCCUGUGUUACUACUGUUUCUACACAGAAUGUAACCUAGAAAAUUAUAUUUCUCUCAUUAUUCCUCCUAGAAAU